AUGAUAUUUCUUAGGAAGAAACACAACUAGCCUUCUUCAAGUGUUCUUCCUCUUUAAUUUCUCUAUAGAAUACUUACCCUUUUCUCAAGACUAACCUCUCGAUCCUUCUCAAAAGAAGAAAAUUAAAAUGGCAACUGAAAAGCUUAGAGGUUGUGCAAAGUUUUUUGCAAGCUCUAAACCCUACUUGGCCAUGAUCUCUUUACAAUUUGGCUAUGCUGGCAUGAACAUUAUCACUAAGGUUUCCCUCAACCAAGGCAUGAGCCACUAUGUCCUUGUGGUUUAUCGCCACGCUUUUGCCACCGCUGUCAUCGCUCCUUUUGCCUUUAUUUUUGAAAGGAAAGGUCAACCGAAGAUAACAUUCCCAGUUUUCAUGCAAAUUUUUAUCCUAGCUCUUCUUGGGCCUGUGAUUGAUCAAAAUUUCUACUAUGCUGGGUUGAAGCUCACAUCCCCAACCUUCUCCUGUGCAAUGAGCAACAUGCUUCCAGCCAUGACUUUUGUGAUGGCAGUGUUUUGCCGGAUGGAGAAGAUAGACAUAAAGAAGGUGAGAUGCAUAGCAAAGAUAGUGGGAACAUUAGUCACAGUGGCAGGGGCAAUGUUGAUGACCUUAUACAGAGGUCCUAUAGUGGAGAUGGUGUGGGCCAAACAUCCACACAAUAAAACCAAUGCAACAACCACCACAGGAUCAUUGGACAAAGAUUGGUUCUUAGGAUGCACCUUUCUUAUCAUUGCCACCCUUGCUUGGGCUUCCCUAUUUGUUUUACAAGCCAAAGCUAUACAGACGUACAAGAAUCAUCAGCUAAGCUUAACUUCACUUGUGUGCUUUAUAGGCACUCUUCAAGCUAUUGCUGUUACUUUUGUAGUUGAACACAAUCCUUCUGUAUGGAGAAUUGGCUGGGAUGUGAGCUUACUUGCUGCUGCAUAUGCUGGGAUUGUGACAUCAAGCAUAUCAUACUAUGUACAAGGACUGGUAAUUAAGAUGAAAGGACCUGUCUUUGCAACUGCCUUUAGCCCUUUAAUGAUGAUCAUUGUUGCCAUCAUGGGCUCCUUCAUCCUUGCAGAACAAAUUUAUCUUGGAGGUGUGAUUGGUGCCAUCUUAAUUGUUAUAGGUUUAUACUCAGUUCUGUGGGGAAAACACAAAGAACAAAUAGAGAGCAAAGUGGCAGAUGAAAUUCCCUUGCCUGUAAAGGAUUCUCAAAUUGCUGUAAUUGCAGGGCCAAUAAUUGAUGCCACUGAUAAUUUUACUGAAGAAAAAUAUGGUCAGAAAGGAGAAGCCAACAACAACAAGCUCUCUUCACUCAUAAUAACCAUUCCUAUUCCAGAGCCUCCCACUAAAGCUAACCAAGAGAGAAAAGCUUAAGCAAUUUGGAAUGUGAAUAGGAAUUAAUGUUUUUUAAAUUUAUGUUUUUUGCCCUUUUUAGCAAUUUCUCCUUUCUCCUUUUUCUUUUUUGAUGACAUAAAAAGGGUCUUGUUUGUUGCAUUUAAGCAAUAUAUGAUGUAUAAUUUUGAAAAGUAUUCCAACUUGCUAGUCAAAUUAGAAAAGACAAUCAUAAAGCUUUUAUUAUUAUUAUUAAGACAAUCAUAAAGCUUCUCUUUAUCCU